CACUUGGGUUUCCUUCCUCUCCUUUGAGCCCCGGCCACGCCCCUUUGGAACGUCCAGACACUUUUCGGAACUGCGCGGAGUUGCAGCCGGCGGUUGUGACGGUGUGACGGUCGGGGCGCGUCGAAACCGGCGGAGCAUGGACAGGGCACCCCGGACUUAAACUUGGUGCGACAUUUGCGUCUGGGAUCUGCUCGGCAAAUUUUUGGAGAACCCCCCCCCCCUCCAAAUUGAAGAGUCUGUUAGAUUGGAGCAUGUUCGGGAUGGCUGGAUCGUGGGACUCGGAUACGAAACUGGACACCAAGCUGGUCUGGAACCCGUACGAGAGCACGGCGCGCUCGGUGCAGGCCCUGGAGCUGAAGCUGGGGUCUCUGGUGCUGCUCCUGUUAGUGACGCUGCUUUGUGCGUUCAUUCCCCUAUGGCUGUUCCGGAGGCCGGGGUCUGCCCUCAACAGCGGAAGCUUCGGCCCUCAGAGGAAAACCCUGAGUUUGGUGAGCUGUUUUGCCGGCGGCAUCUUCCUGGGCACGUGCCUUCUCGAUCUGCUUCCUAGUUAUCUAGCCAGCAUUAACGAAGCUCUGGAUGACUUGCAAGUCACGCUCCGUUUCCCUUUGCAGGAAUUCAUCCUGGCCAUGGGCUUUUUCGUAGUCCUGGUGUUGGAACAGAUCGUGCUGGCUUACAAGGACCCGUCGGGAUCCCUGGAAGAGACAGAAGCUCUCUUGAGCUCUGCUUCCCAUCAGCAUUCCUCCCUGCAGCAGCAGGACCAGAAUUGGCCGGAGGGAUCCCAGCGUCCCCUGGCUCGGGACCGCCUGGCCGCCGAGCGCACCCACGUCCACGUGGACUUCAACGCCCACUCGGCCAUCCGCUUGGUGGUGCUUUUCCUGGCGCUGUCGCUCCACUCCAUCUUCGAAGGGCUGGCCGUCGGCCUGCAGGAAGACGGCACCCAAGCCUUGGAGAUCUGCUUGGCGCUCCUGAUCCACAAAGGCGCCAUCGCCUUCAGCCUGAGCCUCAAGCUCUUGCAAGGGCGGCUGCGUCCCCGAGUCGUGGCGAUCUGCCUGGUUAUCUUCUCCGCCAUGUCCCCGUUCGGCAUCGGGUUGGGGGUGGCUCUGACCGAGGUCCCCAUGGCGGCUCUGUCCCGCCUUUCUCGCAGCGUCCUGGAAGGCUUAGCCACGGGCACCUUCGUCUACAUCACAUUUUUGGAGAUCCUGCCCCACGAACUUGGCUCUUCGGAGCAACGUAUCCUGAAGGUCAUCGUUCUCCUGCUCGGAUUCGCCCUGGUCACCAGCGUUUUGUUCGUAAAGAUCUGAGCGGCAGUGUGGCGGGCACGGGGCAGCGGGAGAAAAACCACUCCCGGACACAAUGUGCGGGAAACAUCCACCGUCACGCCAGCGAUUUCCUCUUACGGGAGUUUGCCAAAAAAACGAUUCCUCGGUGCCCCGUUUCCCGUUGCCAAAAAACUUGCCUCCCAUCGUUCUUGCUUAUCUCCGCCUCUAACGGGGCUGCCGAACCCCACCUCGAAAAACUCAAAAGACAUCCACCGAAUCUGCAAAUCCAUCCCUGAGGGGCCGAAACGAAGAUUCCCCGCACGCCGGUACUUCCGCUACGCUCCGUUGAAACUCAAAAUAUUUUCCGCCGGGUCUCAUUUCGGAGCUCCGCCGUGUGGGGUUAGGACUUCAAUGUAGUGGAAAACGGGACAUUUUGGGUUGGUUUAAUACAUCGGAUCGGGAUGGGAGGGGGCGGGAAAAAGAUAUAUUUUUGGUGCCAAUCAUCUCCAGCUUCGGAGCGAGAAAAUCAUAGUGCCUUCAUUUUUUUUCCUCCAGUGCCUUAAAAAGUUUGACCGACGUGAGAAAGCAAAUUAACCCAGGUUUCAAGAUGGUUUCCUCCCCCCCAACAUUUUUUGACUUUAGGAUUCUUUCCACAUCUUUGACAAGAGUUUGAGGUUCUCCCAUCCCUGGGCAGUCCAAGUUUGUGUCCGUCCCAGCUCCUUGACUCGGCCAUCGUAGUUAAAGCUGGCUUGCUCCGCUGCCUUAGUUUAAUAAGUUUCCAAAACGACGCCAGCUAAAUAUCGGACCGAUUCGAGCACCACGUGAUGGCUUACGGAAAACCUGGUUACGCAAAGCUGCGGUUAAACUGACAUGGUGAAGACGUAAGUCGCUGAGCCAGAGGGCACUGCCAAAUCGUUGCCAUUUAUGGAUUUGGUUGGUUGGAGGCUGGAGAAAGGAGGAAGCUAACCAGGUUGCUAGGAAAAGAACUGAAUCUGGGUUUGUCUAACCGGUCGCACGGGGUAUUGAGGUUUUUAAGAAGCUGUUAGGAAUUUGGGAAUCUCGGUUAGCGGAUGGUGGCCCUUUCCUUAAACUCCGGCCUCGGGUUAACAGCGAGUCGACCCAACAGCCCGGUAUUUUCUGCGUUGAGUUAAAUGCCCGAAAUUGCAAAAAACGCAAAGGACGGUUGCAAAAACUGCCUGGAAGCUUUUCCGUUUUAAACGAAAGCCUCGAACGAAGGCCUCAUUUAUUAUUAUUUUUGUGCGUGUGUGUGGAAAGCAGCUUCAAGAAUGCCUCUUUUGUUCUUGGGUUCAGUGCCUCGUGAAUGGGGGGGCGAAAGGCGCACGAGACGAUCAACUUUUUUCUGCAUUUUAUUGAGUGGGGGGUGGGGGGAAAUAAAUCUAUUUAGGACCUUUCCUAAUUAGGAUUUUUUUUUUUCCCCUGCAUCACGACUUCCAUCGUUCCCAGCCUGCUGGGCAAGAUGGGAGAUAGAAUCCGAUGCAUCUAGGGGGAAAAAAAAAAUUGGGGGCUGUUUUGUUUUUUUAAAUAUAUAUAUAGGUUUGCAAAUUCUGCAGCGUUCCCAGUUUGCAAUGGGAAGCGAGGAAACAACUUCGCAAAAGGGAAUAAAGGGUGUUGUGUGUUUGCGCGGGAAUUGAACUGACAAACUGGGACUCGGCUUAGGUGAGAGCAAUCAAAUAAAAAGCAUUUUUUAAUUAUGAUUUUAA